UUCACCCCGGCCAUGAUCUACGACCACCACCCGGCCGUCGACGGAACGUACAUGGAACUGCUCAACACGCUAAGCAAUCUGGGCGGAAACUGGCCCAUCACCGUGGUGCUGUGGAAUGUCGACGUGCGAAGGAGGAACCGCCUACGGCCGGCAACCAGUGGCGACAGAGCAGUGGCCGGAGCCGGAGUACGCGUAUGCGACUCGGUUUGGACUGCUGCUGCAGUCCAGUUGGUUGUGUUUGAGCAAGUUUCUGAGCUUGACGGAUCGAACCGGGCUGACGGUGUCGAUGGUUCGUCGGCAGAUGGGUGGACCGACCAGAUUAAGGCUACGCCGUCGCUGAUCAACCGAUCCAUCGCGAGUGAUGAACUUCCGGAGGAUUUUCUAACGAAGCCGAUUCAGCAGAAAAUCAUUACGACUCGGCAGCAGAGGCUGGCUCAACCGACUAAGCAACCGUUCACGAUGAACAAGCUCUAUCCGCAGCACAAGCGGCUCUCGAUCAAGCGAUCCCUCCGGUGCCGCCAGUGCGACCACAACGUGACCAACCAGGACCAAUUGAGAGGCUAUCCUGCUGCUGAAGCUAAUCAAUCCAACCAUCAACGACAUGAUCAUCACAAUAAUGGAACUGUCAACCGAUGAGGAGG